UUUCCUCAGAAUAGUACAGCCCAGACUGAAGGUGGAAGAGAGAGGAUUGCUCUUCACCUGCUUAGCAGUCAAGGUUCACCAUUACCCGGAAGUUCUUCCUUGUAAGGAGGGGGGGGGUCUUUUCUCCCUUGAUGCAGUGAGCAUCCCCCACCCUUUGCUGCUUCCAUGGGGUUUGUUUGAGAGGAGUCCACAGAGAUGGAAAGAUGCGUCUCCCCUGGCACUAACCGAGACCCUGAAAUAUUGGGUUGCUAUGGGAAUUUUAUGAUAAUCUGAGAGGAAGUAAGUCCUGGUAAUAUGUUGCAGUUACUCAUGAUGUGCCUGAAGUGAAGAGGAAACACUUAACCUAUCUAAGUGCCAAGGCUCUGCUGUGUCAUGGCUACAGACUCUGGUGAAUCAGCCAGCACAGAGGAAUCGGAGAAACCUGAUGGAGUUUCUUUGGAAUGUAGGGACCCGUUUGCUGAUGCUACUUUGACCAUGGAGGCCAGGACCAAAGAGGGUGUCAGUGUACCUGCCUCUGGAGCAACUACAGAAAGGAAAAGGUUUUUCCGAAAGAGUGUGGAGAUAAUGGAAGAUGAAAAAGUCUUAGAACCCACUCCAAGGGAUGAACAAGAGCCGUUUAUAGUGGAUGACCAGAGGAUGUCCCAGCUCUCUGCAAGCACCCUGGGGGCAGGGCAGGAAGCCAGAAAUGAGCAUGGCCCGAAAGUGAAUUUGGAAGCCUCGAAGGAGAGGACCAAGAAAGAGAUAGAGGAGGAGGCAGAGAUGAAAGCUGUGGCUACAUCACCAGGUGGAAGGUUUCUGAAAUUUGACAUUGAGCUGGGCAGAGGGGCCUUCAAAACAGUCUUCAAGGGUCUAGACACAGAAACCUGGGUAGAAGUCGCUUGGUGUGAACUGCAGGACAGGAAGCUGACCAAAGCAGAGCAGCAGAGGUUUAAAGAGGAGGCCGAGAUGCUCAAGGGCCUGCAACACCCUAACAUUGUCCGAUUUUAUGAUUCCUGGGAAUCAACAGUUAAAGGAAAGAAGUGCAUUGUAUUGGUAACUGAGCUGAUGACAUCUGGAACACUGAAGACGUACUUAAAGCGUUUCAAAGUCAUGAAGCCAAAGGUCUUAAGGAGCUGGUGUCGACAGAUCUUAAAAGGGCUGCAUUUCCUGCACACAAGAACCCCGCCUAUCAUCCACCGUGAUUUGAAAUGUGACAACAUCUUCAUCACAGGACCCACUGGUUCAGUGAAGAUUGGCGACUUGGGACUGGCCACCUUAAUGCGCACAUCAUUCGCUAAGAGUGUCAUUGGAACUCCUGAAUUCAUGGCUCCUGAGAUGUAUGAAGAACAUUAUGAUGAGUCUGUGGAUGUCUAUGCUUUUGGAAUGUGCAUGCUGGAGAUGGCAACUUCUGAAUACCCUUACUCUGAAUGUCAGAAUGCUGCUCAAAUCUACAGAAAAGUAACCAGUGGCAUUAAACCUGCCAGUUUUAACAAAGUGACUGACCCAGAGGUGAAAGAGAUCAUUGAAGGCUGCAUUCGGCAAAACAAGUCUGAAAGGCUAUCUAUCAAAGAUCUCUUGAACCAUGCCUUCUUUGCUGAGGACACUGGACUCAGAGUGGAGCUGGCAGAGGAUGAUGAUGGGCUAAAUUCCUCCCUGGCUUUGAGACUUUGGGUGGAAGAUCCCAAGAAGCUGAAAGGCAAGCACAAAGAUAACGAAGCUAUUGAGUUCAGUUUUAACCUGGAAACAGAUGUCCCAGAGGAAGUAUCUUGUGAAAUGGUGAAGUCAGGAUUCUUUCAUGAAAGCGACUCCAAAGCUGUAGCUAAAUCCAUCCGGGAUCGUGUUGCCUUGAUCAAGAAGACACGGGAGCGGAGACAGGUGGGCUACCUGGAGGAGAGGAGGGACUCUCAAAGCAAACUUCCAAGUGGGCUACCAUUACUCCAGUCACAAGGCUCAUCUUUCAGCACUCCUUCCCAGCAGAGCAAGACUGAAUGUGAGGAAACGGAGGUUGAUCAACAUGUCCGACAGCAGAUCCUUCAACAAAUUCAGCAUAGCUCCUCCCUCACUGCUGAUAGCUUAUCUGAGAGAGGGACAGGAUCUGUUAUACUGUCCGAUGCCUCCAGUCAACAUACCUUCUCCUCGGAAAAGAUUAGAGGCGCUCAGCAAGCCCCCAAACUCUCACAAGCUGAAAACAGUGUUCAGGGGCAAAUCUACACUUCUCAGCAGCUGGUGGGGCAUUACCAGCCCAUGGCAGGGGUCCAGGUGCAGCAGCAGCAGCAGCAGCAGACAACAAAUGUGACCCACUCCAAUGUUUUACCACUAAUCCAAAGUCAACCUUCACCUCUAUCUACCCACACCUUGGCACCCCCUGCAGCUCCCCAAGCCCAGGCCUCCCCUGUUGCAGUUCAGCAGUUCACACCAAGGCUGCCUCCAGAUGCACAGGUACCCUACAGUGCAGAGGGGCAGCCAUUGGAUGGAUCCACCAUGGGCAUCCCUCAGCAGAUCUUGACAGUCACUUCCCCUCAGAAUAUAUCUUCUCCGCAGAUGGUGAACAAGCACCUGUCAGCUAACGUACAACUGGCCUCUGCUGCUAGGAUUGGUAACCAGGCUUCAGCUGCUGCAGUAGUACCCGUGGAACUGGAGCACCCUCCGGCUAGCUUUGUGCCUGCCAGUCAUUCCCCUGUGCUGCAGGGGCAGCCUUCAGCUCCGUUUGUCAACAGCAUACAAGGUUUGGCACAGGGCCUUGCUAAUUCCUCAGCUCUCCAGUCAGCUCCGCAAGGAGUUGUGGCAGCUCAGCAACCCCAGCAAGUUCCCCAACAGGUGGCAUCUAUGCAACCAACUCAGCAAACCGCUCAGCAGAUGGCAUCUACACCACAAGCUCCCCAACAAGUUCCCCAGCAGGUGGUGGCUACGCAGCAGCCUCAGCAACAGGUGGGCUCCAUACAGCAACCCCAGCAGGUUCCCCCACAGUUGGCAUCCAUGCAGCAGGCUCAGCAGGCUCAGCAACUGGCAUCCAUGCAGCAGGCUCAGCAACUGGCAUCCAUGCAGCAGGCUCAGCAACUGGCAUCCAUGCAGCAGGCGCAGCAGCAGGCGCAGCAAGUGCAGCAGGCGCAGGCGCAGCAAGUAGCGUCCAUGCAGCAGGCGCAGCAGCAGGCGCAGCAAGUGGCGUCCAUGCAGCAGGCGCAGCAGCAGGCGCAGCAACAACUGGCAUCCAUGCAGCAGGCUCAGCAGCAGGCGCAGCAGGCAGCAUCCAUGCAGCAGGCUCAGCAACUGGUAUCUAUGCAGCAGGCUCAGCAACAGCCUCAGCAAGUGGUGCCGGCGCAGCAGGCGCAGCAGGCGGCAUCCAUGCAGCAGGCUCAGCAACUGGCGCAGCAAGUGGCGUCCAUGCAGCAGGCGCAGCAGCAGGCGCAGCAAGUGGCGUCCAUGCAGCAGGCGCAGCAGCAGGCGCAGCAAGUGGCGUCCAUGCAGCAGGCGCAGCAGCAGGCGCAGCAAGUGGCGUCCAUGCAGCAGGCGCAGCAGCAGGCGCAGCAAGUGACGUCCAUGCAGCAGGCGCAGCAGCAGGCACAGCAAGUGGCGUCCAUGCAGCAGGCACAGCAGCAGGCGCAGCAAGUGGCGUCCAUGCAGCAGGCGCAGCAGCAGGCACAGCAAGUGGCGUCCAUGCAGCAGGCACAGCAGCAGGCGCAGCAAGUGGCAUCCAUGCAGCAGGCGCAGCAGCAGGCACAGCAAGUGGCGUCCAUGCAGCAGGCGCAGCAGAUUGCUCAGCAGGUGGCGUCCAUGCAGCAGGCUCAGCAGCAGGCUCAACAAGUGGCAUCCAUGCAGCAGGUUCAGCAGAUUCCGCAGCAGGUUCCCCAGCAAGUGGCAUCCAUGCAGCAGCCCCAGCAGAUGCUUCGGCAAAUGGCAUCUGUUCAACAGCCUCAGCAGAUGUCCCAGCAAGUUCCCCAGCAGGUGACAUCCAUGCAGCAGCCCCAGCAUGUUCCUCAGCAGGUGGCAUCUGUUCAACAGCUUCAGCAGGCAGCAGCCAUGCAGCAGUCUCAGCAACAACUGGGUUCCAUUCAGCAAUCUCCACAAGUUCCCCAGCAGAUUAGCUCCUUCCAGCAAUCUCAGCAGAUGGGUCCCAUUCAACAGCCCCAGCACGUUGUGUCUGUACACCAGGUCUCUUCCAUACCACAGGCCCUGGCACCAACACAGCAGUGUCUGCAGUAUCCAGGAAUGCCCCUAGAUACUUUGGCACAGCCUUCACUGUCCCAGCAAGAGCAGCAGGCUAUUCAGUUGCACCAAUCCACAGAUCAGCAUCCUUGUGUAAUGCAACAGAUGUUAUUUCACCUGCCUCUGCAGCAGCAAAAGCAGGAGCAAUUUGUUCUCCAUGCUAGCUCCAUAGAGCAGCUGCCAGCUGUGACUCAGCAAGACAUGGAAAAGCAACUGCAGGCUGAACUCUCAGGUUCAACUCCAGAACAGGUGGCUUACUCCAUGCAAACACACUACCAGCUGCAAGGCCAAGAGCAGCUAAUAUAUCCAGCACAGCCCCCACACCAAUUACCAGCCUCAGAGCAGCUGACACACCAAGUACAGCCAACCAACCAGAUGCAGGGCCUAGAGCAAGCCGCAUGUCAGAGGCAUGUCACUUACACAGUGCAGGGCACGGAUCAACCUCCCUGCCCAGAGCAACGGGUUUAUGCCGCUCCUGGGGUCUAUUCAGGACAGCCCCUGGACCAACCAACAUAUCCAGUGCAGCCUUUUUACCAAGGGCAGGCAACUUACAUUACCCAACCACCACCAUAUCUUGCUCAAACUCCAGAGGUCCAGCAAGCUCACUUAGCAGUACAGGUCACCGAUCAACCAAGUUUGGCCAUGCAUUCUCCUGAGCGAUCAUUAUAUAUGAUGAAGGAUGGUGACACUGGCUGCAUGGAUCAGCCGGUUUGCUCAUCGCAACCAAUGGAAAUCCGUGCUUACCCUUCUGAGCAGCACCAGCCUGAGCCACCAACGUAUCUGAUACAGCAAGAUUCUGGCAUAGGGCAUCAGCAGCUACAGCCUCCUAACAUGGUACAGAGGAUUGCAGAAGGACAACAACCAAUGACCCCCUUUGGCCCAUCUCAGCCGUCUUUUAUAUCACAAAUGCAACCACAGCCUCCUUACCAGGAACUAAGCCAGAAUCCUAUUCCUCAGCUGCUCAAAGCCACAAUCCCCCAGCCUGUCCCAAACAUGUUACAGACUCUGUCUUCUGUGCCAGAACAGCUGGAUCAAGCAUAUGCAUUGCAACAGCCAUCAGAACUGCCAGAGCUUCUACACAGUGCUAGUCUCCUCCAGCAGCCUCAGGCAUUUCAGCCAGCUGACAAUAACCAACCAUUUGCCCCUCCGUCAGUACAGCCAGCAUGUGUUCAACAGCAGCCGAUGUGUCAGACAUCAGUGUUAUCGGCAGAGUCAGCCGUCCAGAAGCAGGUGCCUUCUAAGAGUCCUGUGGAAGCACCUGUUAACCAGCAAUCAUCUCUUAGUGCAGUGACUCAGACACACCAAGGGCAUGUUCAAGGACAUGAUACUCCACAGGUUUCCACCUCAACAUCAGAGCAACAACCAACAGCCCAAAGGCAAGAUUCUACUCAAGGACUAAUUCCUGACCUAGCCACUCUGAAAGAAGGUGCCAAUGGGUGUGACCUCCCAAGUGGAAAUGGCAAACAAGACAAGAGCAAGCAGAGGAGGACCUCCUGUGCCCGAACAGAGAAGGGAACCAAGUUUCAGCUCACUGUGCUGCAGGUGUCAACGUCAGGGGACAACACUGUGGAGUGUCAGCUUGAGACUCAUAACAACAAGAUGGUUACAUUUAAAUUUGAUGUUGAUGGAGAUGCUCCCGAAGACAUUGCUGACUACAUGGUUGAAGAUAACUUUGUGUUAGAAAACGAGAAAGAGAAAUUUGUUGAUGAACUGAGGGCUAUCGUUUGCCAAGCCCAGGACAUAAUCCGCAGUCUUCCUGUUGAAGAUCGAGCCUCUGGUGCAGAGUCUGCUUCUGAUCCUGCCAACAGCCAAACAGGAUCUUCUGAACAAGUUCAGAUAAACCCAGCAUCUACUCAAACUGGCAGUGACUCUGCUCCCCAGUCAUCCCCUGUUGGCCGCUGGAGAUUUUGCAUCAAUCAGACAAUAAGGAACAGAGAAUCCCAGGCACCUUACACUCUUCUACAGUCAACUACAGCUGCCCCAGUCUGUCAGAUAACAGACCAACUAAAGGAAAGUGCCAAAGAAGAUAGCCCCCAAGAUUGUCCCCUGAGUGUGGAAAAUCUUAGCAACCAGCAGAGGCAUACCCCAUCUUCCAGCUCAAAUGAGCUGUUAAGUGACAGUACGAUGUCUGAACCCCAAAUGUCAGAAACAGAGCAGUCAGCUCUUCCUUACCAAGUGGAAGACAGCAUGGACAAGUGGCUGUCUGCCACUGCUGGUGACAACAAUGAUACCAGUGCUUGUGAUCCUGCUUCUUGGCUGGAGUCUUUGGGGGAAGAGACUCAGGCUGAUGGAACUCUCCAUUCUUCAUCUACACCUCCUCUAACAUCUGGCAUUGCUGAGCUGAAUUUGUCCACUGAGGCCUUCAUAUCCAGACCAACCACAUGUCACAUCUUGGCCACUGACGAAGCAGAUAACUCGAUGAAUGCUGAACAGGCCAGUGCUUCGGUUCAGGGCCUGGCCCCAGAAGGCACUUCCUUUACUUCUGCUCUGGAGUCGGACAGCGAGGGUCCCCCUAAGAUGGAUUUUGUCGACAACAACAUCAAAACUCUGGAUGAGAAGCUGCGGACGCUUCUGUACCAGGAACACAGCUUGUCGGGAACUUCCCCUGAGAGCCAGAAAGACACACAAAGUGCAGUGGAGUCUCCGUUCUCAUCUUCUGCUGAAGAUACUCUCCCUUGCCCAGUAACUGAAGCACUGGACAUUAAUUCCCCUGAAGAAACCCAGCAAAGCCCCACCAAGCUUUCUGAUCCCCAGGCUAUGCUCAUCCCAUCUGCGAGUCAUCCUGACAGUUUGCCAGUGCUGAGGAGGGAACCCAGUGCUAUCACCUCUGCUCCCAGUGAUCUCUGUAUGCAUGAGACGUCCCCUGAGGCUUCAUUUCCUGAGAACCCUGUGGCCUGUCCUGCUUCAGCAUCAAGUGGUGGAGCUGUGCACCUGCAUGCAGGAGGUGGAUAUUUUGGCCUAAGCUUUACUUGCCCUAGUCUCAAAAACCCUAUUAGCAAGAAAUCCUGGACUCGCAAAUUAAAAAGCUGGGCAUACAGGCUACGGCAGACCAGCUUUUUCAAGAAAUCAAAAGUCCGGCAAGAAGAGAUGACUGGUGAUGUUACUCCUGACUGGAUUUCUCUCUCUGAGCAAGCAACAGUGGAGAAUAAAGCAACUAGUCAUUCUAAAUCUGUGGCUGGAUCAUUCCAACGAGGCCGCUUUCAGGUCAUCACGGUGCCACAGCAGUUGGCCUCAGGUGGUUCAGAAAAUGAACCCUGUGAGAUGCUUCCUUCCUCGGAGCUUGGGGCAGAAGCAGGGGCUUCCAGACAAGGAGAAAUUGCUCCGUUGACCAGUGCUGUGGGUGAAAUGGAUGUGGCCUCUACUACCCCUGAGCAGCGGGAACUGGAGGAGACCUCUGCCACCACUAGCAGCAUGCAGUCUUGCUCAGAGCCAUGGUCCAAAGGUGGUUUUGUGCGGAAGCAGCCUAGCUCUGACAGCGAACUUUCUGCCCCCAUGGGCGGUAGCCUGGAGGGCUGGGAGCGUAGCCAGCCGUCGCAGGAGGAGAGGGCUGGAACCCACUCAAAGAGACGCAGUUCCCACUUUUACUCUCCAUCUUCCCCUAUGAGCAGCGAUGACGAAUCUGAGAUUGAAGAUGAGGACUUGAAGGUGGAGCUGCAGCGUUUGCGGGAGAAGCACAUUCAGGAGGUCGUGAACCUUCAGGCUCAACAGAACAGGGAGUUGCAGGAGAUAUACGAACGGCUCCGCUCCAUCAAAGACUGCCGAUCAGAAUCCUCCGACGUCUCCCUGCAACUGUCGUCUCCGCGCCGGCCAAAGUCUUUCAAAAGCAAGCUGCGUAGCAGGCCCCAGUCUCUCUCGCAUGUGGACAAUGGCAUUGUCGCUGCCGAAUGCUGUUGCGCUACCACUGCUGCCUCGGUGAUAGACUAUCAGUUGAGCAUUCAGGCCCAUUUGCUACACCAGAGCUGUUCCCAAGCAGAGACAAGCCAAGACCAGCUCUGCAUUGUCAGCAGCACCGCCUCUUGUCAGCAGACUACAGCCAGUAAGAAAGGGAUGUUCACGGACGACUUGCAUAAACUGGUGGAUGACUGGACAAAAGAAAAGGUGGGGAACUCCCUUAUCAAGCCAAGCCUCAACCAGAUCAAACAGAACAAGCACCGGCUGGACACCGACAGCUGGAGCAACGUAUAUGAGACAACAACCUCUACAGUGGGCUACACAUCCACGUGGAUUUCCUCACUUUCCCAGUUCCGGGGGACCGUACCAGCUGCUUUGCCCCAAGGACUUCCCCUGUCACCCUUUUCUGGCACGCUGACGCCAUACGGAGUGCCCCACGUAUGCCAGUACAACACCAUGACGGGGACAGCUUACCCAGUGCAAUGGAUGGGCAUUUCAGGGACAGCCCAGCAGUCCAUUGUCGUCCCUGCUCAGCCUGCGGGACCAUUUCAGCCAGGGAUAAGCAUGCCAGCAUUUCCAACGUCACCUGUGCAAAACCCAGCUCCCAUCCCCCCAGGUCCCAAAUGAAGGUGGAUGGCCAAAGGAUGAUAGAGAUGAGGACUGUGCCUAUAACUCAUGAUUCCAUUCCUCUGCCUUGCAUUCUGCGGCCUGGAUUUGUAGGGGUGGGGUGGGGGUGAAUUCCCCAAUGCAACAAUCUGGUGGGAGUGAUGGGAGACUGCCUUUGCGUUCUCCUCUUUGAGUACUUGAUGUAAUUUUCUUUGGGGGGGAAUGUUGUUGUUGUUUUUUAAAGUACCUGAGAGAGCUUUGGCCUGUGCAUCUCAUUGUUCCUGAGGUGGACAAGCAUGCCCAUGUGCUGCUUUUUAAUGAGACU